GCUCAGGAAAUGCAAGCAGCUUGGUGUUAUGUGACCAUUUACAGAUUAUCUUUAAAGUUUUGAGGUUUGGCAAGCCUAAGACAAAGUUACACAAAAAAUGCAAACAAAGAGGGUGUGCAGGACAUGGAUUUAUACUGUGGUCAUCUCCGUGUUUGAAGCAUGGUCUCAAGAUGCAGUUAACAGAGAUGUUGCUUUCAAUCUUGGGACCAACAUUAACCUGACCUGCACUAACAAGACAAGGGCUGACAUUGUAUUUAUAAUCUGGGAGAUGCACUUGAAAAACAAAAACUGUAAGAUCUCCUUUGUAAAUUACGACAAAGGUAUUGACUCUUGCAAAGAUGGAAAAUCUCUCCAAAAGACUUCCACUGGUCAGCUGUAUCUGCACGUCCCAAACGUUUCAGCUGAUGAUGUUGGACUCUAUAAGUGCGAGUCGGUUUACAAUGGAGGAAAUGAAAACUAUGACAUCAAAGUGGCUGUGACAGCUCCUCCUGUUUUAUCUGCCUGGUUGGAGCAGAAGGGCAACAAAAUGGUGGCGCUGUGCAGAGCUGAAAGAGGAACACCAGUUGCCAAUUUAAGUUGGAGUUAUGGAGGCAGCUCAGAGCCUGCAGUGAAAACUCAACUGGACCCAGAUGGAUUUGUAACAGUAGAGAGUCAUCUGGAGCUUCUGGAAGACAUCGGUCCAGGAGAACUGACCUGCAUUGUUCAGCACAGUUUCUGGGAUCAGGAAAAGAUUCUGGUACCGAAACUCAGAGAAGCAAAUUCGCCUCUAUUGUGGAUACGUGUUACUUUGGUGAUCAUCUUAACUUUAGCAGGAGUCUUUCUUUUAGCACUAAAGAAAUGCCGUGGUACCACCAACCUUUUCAGCAUGUCAAUGUUCUUCUAAGGCCUUCUAACGAGCCAUCAUUGGAUCCAGGUGCGUUAAACCAGGGAGAGAACUAAAACAUGCAGGAUGCUGGACCUGAGGACCAACUCUGGACACCUGUGGACUACAUUAAAGUGGAGGAAUGUUGCAAAUCAGAGUCCAGGUUCUUAGAAUUCACCUGCAUCAGCUGAAACAAAGACUCUGUGAGCAAUAUGACCAAUACUCUGCAAAAUACAUAGUUUUAGAAAAUUUUUCAAACACUCAUAAACCAACAUCACCAAGGUCUGGGGUCAGCUGACACUAAUCAAUUAUCUGAUAGAGGCUGGUGAAGAAAUAACACAUUUCCUGUAGAACUUUUUAACUUUUUUAUUACUUCACUUGCCGACUGAAAGCAUUCUGAGCUGUUUGAUUUUUGUCUAUGUCUGUGGAGCUACUGAGCAGAGGGAUUUGUUCUUUGAGCGCUCUACUGCGCGUUUUCUUUAUUAAAGUCUUUUAAACUUUGA